GAGACUGAUUUUGUCAGAAAUUCGAAUAUUUUAUUAUAAAAUUAAAUAAAAGACUUUCCGCUGCCGUGUGCUCUUGGUGCAGCAACUCGUAGCGAUGCAUUCCGUAAUUGCACUAAUUGCCUGCAAUUUAUCCGUAGGAUUAAAGUUAUAGUUUUCUAAUCAAGACUCAAGACUACCAUUAGUUUAGAGCACUGGGCGCUCCUCUUCGGAGUCAAAUAAGGUCGAGAUUUUGCGGAAAUUAAUUGAGCCGCAGUGUCGGUCCGACUGUUACGAAAAAUAGAAAAAAUUCUGUGAAAAAUGGGGCGUCGUUCGAUCAACACCACGAAAAGUGGGAAAUACAUGAAUCCCACUGAUCAAGCACGAAAGGAAGCGCGUAAGAAGGAAUUAAAAAAGAAUAAAAAACAACGGCAAUUAGUAAGAGCGGCUGUUUUGAAAGGCAAAGAUCCAGCGCAGAUUAUCGAAGAGAUGGAGAAGAUUGAUCAAAUGGAGUAUAACGUAAUGCAACCACCUCCCUUGAAUGAGAAAGUAUUAAAAGACAAACGAAAGAAACUUAAGGAAACUUUAGACCGCGUCUUAAAAAUGUAUGCAAAGGACGAUCAAGAAAAAUGGGCAGAGCUGAAGGAUCAGUUGAUACAAUAUGAACGCAGAAGGAUAGACUUGGUUUCCUAUUUUGAAGCUGUGCGGCAUGCGCAGCAAGUGCAAGUUGACGAAAUACCAUUGCCAUCGGCUGCUAAUGACAUAUCCAGGAUGUACCCAGGUUCCUUAACAUCACAGAUUCCCUUACCAGAUAUGCCACAACCACCUGCGCAUAUAUAUCCACCUCAUCCUCAUUACAUAUCGCAACACCACACUAUAAUGAAUAUUCCUGUACCACCAAGUAUAUUAAAAAAGACCAGUGCAUAUGCAGCUUCUCCAUCUGUGCCUACAUUGGCACCCAAUAAAGAGCCUCCUGGUGUACCACCUUUUCCACCUCCAGAACUAUCAAGCGAUGAUGAAGAUACAAUUGAAAAUGUAAAAGAUCCACCAGCAAAAUCGAGAACAAUACGAUUCGCCGAUGACAAGGAAGACAAACAAGAGUCAGAGAACAACCAAAAAGAUAUAGAAAAGGAGAAAGAGAAGGACAGAGAUAUGGCAAAAGUCAAACCGACUACAUUGCAGCAGAAAAUGUUGGCAAUGGCGGGACAAGAUAUUGAUCAGUUUAUGCGAGAGAUGGAAGUCGUCCACAAGAAGAGGGAGACCGAGCGCGCUCAAGAUCUGAAUGCGCGAUUGUCGCUGCUCGAGACGGAAAACGAACCCAAUGCUAAGUCUAGCAAUAAUAAAUCUAAUAAUAAAGGAGAAGACGAAGAGGUAGAACCGCCUGGGGCGUCGGAGCAUCACUCUGGUCAUGGGCAACACUCGUCUCAUCCCCAUGCUCAGCACGCACAACAACAUAGCACAAUGCCACCGAUGGGCAUACCGCCUCCACCUCUGCUUUACAGACCACCUCCGCCGCCAUUGCACCUUAGAAUGCCACCGCCGCCCCCACCUCGUAUCGGACUCCGAUUACCACCUGGUCCACCACCUGGAAUGCCGAGAAUAUUGAGACCCGGACCUCCAAGUAUACCUAGAAUGCCAUUGCCGCAAAUGCAGAUGUCGAAUAUGUCAAAUAUAGCAAAUCCUCAGAUACAAACGCAAUCUGGAACUACUACACAACCCAAGACACCCAAUGUUCUUUCCGCUGCGCCACAGCUAAUCAACAGAAAGGACAAAGAUGGAAAAAGUACCACCACUAUCGAGGCAAAACCACAAAUCAGAAAUCUGGCUGCUGACGUUACUAGAUUUUUACCGACGUCUUUGCGCGUGAAGAGAGACGAUAAGAAGAAAUCCAGCAAUAUCUCCAGGAUUACAGAAAGGUUACCGGAAGCGCAGCCACUCAGAACAACGCAACCUAAGACGAAGGAUGAUGCAUAUAUGCAAUUUAUGCAAGAAAUGGAGGGAUUACUCUGAAUCUAGAAAACUGUAUGCUUUACUUGAUUGAAAUCAAUAUAUGAAUUUUGUACAAUAUACAAUGCAAUUGUGGACACGACAUUUCUGUUAUUCAGUGUCAUUUAGAUAAUGUCUCUAUAUCUUUAAGUUUUAGGUAUACGAUGAAAAUAAGAUACACAAAAUUUUAAUUAAAGAGUUUGAGACAACA